AUGGCCGGCCGGGGCCGGUGCGGGGCUGGCCCGAGCGGCGGCCUCGGCGGGGCCCUGGCGACGCCGGGCUCGAGCCCGCCGGCCGCCGUGCCGCGCGGGCCCGUCCGAUGGUCGGCCGCGAUGGCCUGUCCCCCGACGAGGGUACCCUCGAGCCACGGCAGGGGCGGCCCUUUGCUCGGGCCCCAUGCUCACGCGAUGCCCCGGCUCCCGGCACCGACGUGUAGAGGGGGGCUGUGUGGACGGGGCCCGGGGGCCGCGGGCCCGGGGCGCCUGCCGGGCGUGAUACGCCGGUCGAGGUGGCCCGGACCCCGCAGGGGCGACCUGCUGAGGGGGGCCGCGUGCGAGGCCCUCGGGCCCGGACGCGACCCGGUGCUUUUGGUGUGCGUCGUGCACGGGGAGGCGCGUGCGACUGUGCCCCAUGUCCAACGCCGAUUGGCGUCCUGCCUGCGGGCGCCGGCCAGCCAAUAA